AUGGCCACCUUCGCGUGGUCCGUAGACGAGAUGCCCGACAUCAGUCCGGAAGUUAUCUCGCACGAGCUGAAUGUGGACCCUACGUUCCGACCUGUAAAGCAGAAGCGAAGGAAGCUGGGUCCUGAGCGAGCUGAAAUCGUUAACAAAGAGGUUGAACGUUUGCUGAAGGCAGGACAGAUACGCGAAGUAAAAUACCCUGAGUGGCUCGCAAACACAGUGGUAGUCAAAAAGAAGAACGGAAAGUCGCGAGUCUGCGUUGAUUUCACCGACCUGAAUAAGGCGUGCCCCAAAGACAGCUUUCCACUUCCGCAUAUCGACCGGUUAGUUGAGUCCACUUCGGGUCACGAGCUGAUGUCUUUCAUGGACGCAUUCUCUGGCUACAACCAAAUCCUAAUGAACCCGGACGACCAGGAGAAGACUGCAUUCAUUACGGACCGCGGGAUCUAUUGCUACAAGGUGAUGCCUUUUGGGCUAAAAAAUGCGGGAGCAACCUACCAAAGACUGGUGAACCGAAUGUUCGAGCAUCAACUCGGAAAAACCAUGGAAGUCUACAUCAAUGACAUGCUGGUAAAAUCAAUGGAAGCCAGCUCGCAUCUCGCCGAUCUGAAAGUCUGCUUCGACAUCCUGGAUCAGUUCGGGAUGAAACUCAACCCCACGAAGUGCACCUUUGCAGUCCCAUCAGGAGAAUUUCUGGGGUAUAUCGUCACAGAAAGAGGAAUUGAAGCGAACCCGAGGCAAAUUAAUGCUUUCCUGUCUAUGGGUUCUCCUAGAACCUUGCGCGAGGUGCAACGUCUUAACGGACGGAUCGCAGCUCUCAACCGCUUCAUUUCUCGAUCUACGGACAAAUGCCUCCCUUUCUACCAGCUGUUACGGAAAGGGGGAAAAAAUUUCUUGUGGGAUGCGAAGUGUGAGGAGGCGUUCGCCCAACUCAAAGCUUAUCUAUCUGAACCGCCGGUCUUGGCGAAGCCUGAGUUCGGAGAGCCGCUCUUUCUUUACGUAGCCGUUUCGGAUAGUGCGGUCAGCGGAGUUUUGGUUCGUGAAGAAAGGGGGGAGCAGCGACCAAUUUUCUAUGUCAGCAAGUCAUUUACUGGGGCGGAAUCCAGGUACCCUAUGAUGGAAAAAUUGGCCCUAGCAGUGGUCACUUCGGCAAGAAAGCUGCGGCCUUACUUCCAGUCCCAUACAAUCAUAAUCCUGACGACGCAGCCACUUCGGACGGUAUUACAUAGUCCGAGCCAAUCCGGACGGCUAGCUAAGUGGUCUGUCGAGCUGAGCGAAUACGACAUCGAGUUCCGGACUCGAACCUGUGCUAAGGCGCAGGUGCUGGCGGAUUUCUUGAUCGAACUCCCACUAGCCUCUUUGGUUAGCGAUAAUGUCGAAGCCCCGUGGACGUUGUAUGUUGAUGGUGCUUCUUCCAAAUCGGGAGCAGGAAUUGGGGUCCACCUCACUUCUCCUACAGGCGAAGUUAUUGAACAGUCAUUUCGCUUGGCUUUCAGUGCGUCCAACAAUGAAGCCGAGUACGAAUCCUUCCUUGCUGGCUUACGCCUCGCAGUGGGGAUUGGUGUCCGAAAACUUCGAGCUUUUUGCGAUUCGCAGCUGGUCACCAACCAGUUUUUGGGGGAGUACGAGACAAAGGAUGGUCGUAUGGAGGCUUAUUUGUCCACAGCUCGGGAGUUAGUCGCUAGGUUCGAGGAGUUCGAAAUCACUAAGAUCCCACGAAGUGAGAACUCCGCUGCGGACGCUUUAGCAUCUUUAGCAUCCACUUCGGAUCCCGCAAUGACAAGAAUUAUCCCCGUCGAAGUUAUUCAGUUUCCAAGUAUUCGACUAGAGAGCUCAAACGUUGUCACCCGGGCGAUGAAAAAACAGUUGGCUGCUGAGGAAGCAGCUCGUAAAGCGGCUACGGAUUCUUUACCCUUGGAGGAUCCGGCUCCCGUUAUGCCUACUCCAAUGGAAGUUCACCCACCUCCAGCUGAGCUAGACGCGAGUUCAACUCCGGAAUCAUCAAACUCACCAGUUGACAGUCAAGCUGUUAUCCCACAUGCUGCUUCGAGCGGCACGAAUUCUAACAGCUGGGGGGCAGAUGACUGGAGGAGCCCGAUCUGGGCUUACCUGGAAAAAGGGGAACUCCCAGCCGACAAAUGGGCAGCCAGGAAGCUUAAGAUCGUCAGUGCGGGGUACUGCGUUCACAAGGGAAUACUUCUACGCCGAAGUGUAGCUGGUCCUUAUCUAACUUGCGUGGCUGGUAGAGAGCCCACGAUGCUAAUGCGAGCUGUUCACGACAGUCCCAAUGGGAAUCAUUCUGGAGGUCGGACUCUGGCUUUCAAAAUUAAACGGCAAGGUUACUUCUGGCCUACCAUGAUCACGGACUGCGAAAAAUAUUCUCGAACUUGUGAGAAGUGUCAGAAGCACGCCCCGUCAAUUCAUCAACCUACCGAGCUCCUGUCUUCGGUGUCCGCACCUUACCCAUUCAUGAGGUGGUCUAUGGAUAUCAUCGGUCCAUUACAUCGAGGACCAGGAGGAGUUCAGUACGUGCUCGCUCUUACCGACUAUUUCUCCAAGUGGGUAGAAGCGGCAGCCUACGCGAAAGUAACAAGUGACGAAGUGGAGCAGUUCGUACUAAAAAGUAUAAUCUAUCGCUACGGGGUCCCCCACGAAAUCGUCACAAACAAUGGUCCGCAGUUCAUCUCCUUGAAGUUCGAAGAGUUCUGCGCGAAGUGGAAGAUUCGACUCAAUAAGUCAACUCCGCGUUACCCGCAAGAAAGUCGUCCAUCCCCUGAUUCGACAUUUGCCCGAGAUUAG